AAGCCGACUUUCGCAGCGGUCUUCUCGCGAGCGCGCUAAAGCCGUUAGAAACUGCCUAUACAUAUUUUUCGCUGCCUGAUAGUAUGAAGGUGUCGAUAAUGUUGUGCGCUGGCGAUCGAGACGGGCGAUCGUGAAUUAUUGACCGAGCGCGGGAGAAUGCGACCGGCGUUCUCAACGAGGACUCCGCUACUUCAUCGUUGCUCGAUUCACGGGCUGAAAUAUUGCAGGCGGCGAGAACGUGUCUAUAUAUCAGGAGACGUGAGCGCAAGCCAGGUGAUCAAUCGUUGUGUGCACUUACAGUUUGAGACGGUGCGAAACCGAGGCAGGAGGUGCGGUCGGGCUUACUUAUGCACACGCCGCACGAUUACCGGAAAACAAAUUGGUCAGCAACGACGGGACAUGAGCAGGACUCACCGAACAUGGCCACGGCGAGCGAGGGGUGCGUGGACUCUACGGCGGGCAUUCAGGGCCAGUGCAAAACGAGGGUGGAGGAGACGACGACGUGCAUGUGAGGGGUGAGAAGGCAGAUGUGAGGAGGGGAGGGGAGAUGCGAGGAGCGAGGUAGAUAAUGCCCGCCGUCUCAAGCUUUUCUCACCAGGCAUGCCGUAUCACACAGGAAGUCUUCUGAAGAGUCAGCAGGCAAUGCUGCCGGUGCCGUGCAUU